GGAAAUAUAAAAAUAGAAAUGACAUCAAAAUGUGAACGAAUGGAAAAAAUAAUUUAAUAUUUUUUGGUAAAGAGAAUUAUCGAGGCAAAGCGACCGAGGCAUUAAAAGUAUAAAUGAAAAACAAGUUUUUGUAUUUGAAACUGAACUUUAAUAUGAUUUAACCCAUGUAAAACAAAGUAUUUAGAUAGCACAGCAUCCAGUGAAUUGAAAACAUGCACUGUUUCAAACAUGUGACAGAUUUCUGUAUUUAAAAAAAUUUGCACUGGGACAAGAACAAGGAUGUACACACUCAACAUUAAGGAAAUUGGAGAACUAAUAUGGUACAAAAAUGUGUAAGGAGAACAUUAAUCAAAAAAUGUGCGCCAUCUUAUUUGUUAUUACACUAUCAACACCUGGAAUAGCAUUUAUAAUAUGGGUAACUAGUGCAAACGGUGUGGAUUUUAUUAUAAAUAUUUUAAUCGCAGUUGUUUUUGGAAUUACAUUACUGUUCAUAAGCUGUGGAAUUUGCAUUUGGAGGGGGUGUAAAUGUUGCAUUGACAAACCGAGUGAAAAUGCACAAGAGAAUGAUGCAAGGCUACCUCCAACCGAGCACUACUAUACUGAUAAUAACAGAAUAACCAUGAAUUCAAUACAUUGUGAAAAUGAAGCUGUUAUAGGAAGGUCAUCAAAUGGAAUUAUACAUGACAUACAUGGACUAACAGCACGAUAUAAUAGAUGUAACCUGGAUAUUGGCGUACAGGGCCAAGGCUGUAUAACUGAAGAAAUGGCUGCUCAUCCGACUACGCACACCCCUUCUACACAACAUCCUGACAUGAGAUCGAAUUAUCAAAUGUUGGAACUGCCCAAGCCUCCUGCAUAUGAUACUUUGUUCCCUGAAAAUGAUGUCCGACUCUUAGCAUAUGAUGCUCCACCCCCAACAUAUGAUGCUCCGCCUCCAACGUAUGAUGCUCCGCCUCCAACGUAUGAUGCUCCGCCUCCAACGUAUGAUGCUCCGCCUCUAACUAUUAAUGCUCCUCCCCAAACUUUUGAUGCUCUGCCUCCAACUAUUAUUGCUCAACCACAAACAUCUGAUGCUCCACCUCCGACUACUGCGGCUCCACCUCCAAGUUAUGAUGCUCCGCCUUCAAGUUACGAUGCUCCGCCACCAAGUGAUAAUGCUCCGCCUCCAAGUUAUGAUGUUCCACCUCCAAGUUAUGAUGCUCCACUUGGGCCAUCCCACCUAUAAAGUCCUAUGACUCAUCCGACAUAAAUCUGAAGCUUCCUACACACAAGGCUACACCCCAACCACAUACUAUUCUACAACCUACAUCCCCCAAAAUAUGCUGCUAUCCUCCCUUUAACAUGUGAUGCUACAACCCAAACAAACUCCCCAACAUAAGACAAAAACUUAAGAUACAACCCUCUUUUUGGUAUUGUACUGCCUAGGCCUCCAACAAACGAUAGAACUGCCUAAUGAGAUUAAGUGAGUUAAUAAGUGAGCUCUUAACAUGACUUUGCUGUAAUGAGAUGGUUAAUAUUAAGUGAGCUCUAAUUAUGACUUUGCUGUAAUGUGAUGGUUAAUAAGUGAGCUCUAAAUAUGACUUUGCUGUAAUGAGAUGGUUAAUAAGUGAGCUCUAACUAUGACUUCACUGUGAUAAGACAGUGAAUGAGUGACCUAUAAUUAUGACUUUGUUGUAAUGAGAUGUUUAUUAAAAGAGGUCUAAUUAUGACUUUGUUGUAAUGAGAUGGUUAAUAAGGGAGCUCUUACUAUGACUUCGCAUUAUGAGAUGGUUAACUAGAUAAUGGCAACUCCGCGGAGUAGCAAAUCCCAACAAACAAAAUAUCAAUUACCGAAUUCCAAUCAAUUAUACUCAUUACUUUGGUUAAAAUUGAAAAAUUUAGAUUUUAGAAUUGCGAAUUCCUGCAAAGCAGCCAUUUUGAAUUUUCUGAGGAACAAAUCUGAAAAAUAAUACCAUAAUUGUGAUCUACUCCAAACUUCCUUCAAUUUGAGUAUAAUAUAGCCAUACUUUGAAGGGAUCAAAAAAUAAUUGCGAAAUCGUACAUUAGACGGCCAUUUUGAAUUUUACGAGGCUCGAAUCAGAAAAAGAUACAAUAUUUGCAAUCUACUCUUAAUUGCCUUUCAUUUGAGUAUAAUAAAGCUAUACUUCAGAAAGAUCUAAAAAUUAGCGAAAGUUUCUGUUUUCCUGACCCCCCAUACACGGCCCCUGGGGGUCAGGAUGACAAACACGGAAUAUAUGUGAAAAAGAUAGAUGUUGCGAA